GGUGCGUGCGCUGAGCAGACGUUGGCAGUGUCAGUACACGGUUGUUUCGGCACGAAUCGAAAACUUAUUACUGCUUUGGUGUUUUUAGCGCGUUGGCCGCGUUUGGUAGGCGUAUUUUGUGUGUGUCGCUGGUUGGAUUUUCGAAUUUCGAAAAUUUGAACGCAGUAAUUGUACUGUAACGAAACGGUUUCAGGCGAAAUAACGGUUGUGCAGCAGCAAAAGUUUUUAUCUCCAAUUGUGUGAAAUAAAGUCGGGCUAUUUUUCAUAAAAACAUUUAAAUAUACCUAAAAAAACUGAAAAACAAACUAAAAUUGCUCCCACCUCUCUGCAAGUAAAUUAAUAAAGUUUGCGAAAAAUAACAAAAUAAUAUUUUGAUAAUGCAAAAAUAUUGAAACAGUGACGGAAGUUCAAAAUUAAAACCACAAACACACACAUCCUCUGGGCGCAGCGCAGCUAAGCGCGCAUCACCGCAGUUAUAACCGCAGCAUAGCGUAGUAAACAAAAAUUCAAAACAAAAAACAACAAAAACAAAUAGACAACAAAACUAAAAACAACAACCAUCAAAAUUACAACAAAAAGUUCACACAACAACAACACAGUUACUACAGCGCUCCCACUAACGACCACAACCAACGCUUCCCGGCAGCCAUACAACAACACUAGACAAUAUAGAAAGCACAAAAAACGAGAAACAUUAAGUGAAAUCCCAAAAGGCGCACGCGAAAUGGGCUGCAACACCAGUCAAGAGCUGAAGACAAAAGACGGCAACGCUGGCAGCGCUAAUGGCGAGGGUGAGCUCGUCGCCGAGGCCGCCACCAACGCCGCCAACACCGCAACCAGCAAUGGCAAUGUUGGCGGCACUGUGAGUGUCGGCGAGCAGAAUGGCAAUUUGGCGGAGCAACAGAAGGCGGUUGGUGGUGGCAGCGCUGGCAGUCAAACCAGAAAGACAGCAUCCGCAGCUUCUGCCGUGUCAGCCACGUCCGCAGCAUCGGCAGGUUCGGCGGCCACGGCGACGUCAAACAAUCUCACAAAUCACUCGAAAUCAAAUUCAAUUAUAAGUAACGGUGAUGCUAACAAGCGCAGCGCCUCACGCGACGAGGGUGACGGUGGCAUACUCGAGAAGGCGUUGGCGGCUGUGAAACAGCAAUGCGAUAAAGCGGAAAUAACCGAGUUCAACGAUAUGAGCGAAUUGGGUGAAUUGGGCGAACUGGGCGAAGACGAAGCCAAAGCCGCCACUAAAAUCCAAGCCGUUUUUCGAGGACACAAAGUAAGAAACACCAUGAAGAAGAGCGAAACUAAAUCCACCCCCACCGCUAGCGCCAACGCUGCGUCUGCUAACAAAAUUGAUCAUAGCAAAACCGUUGCUGCGUCGGCGGCAGCUGCAGCCGCAGCCGCAGCGGCGGAGCCAACCAAAGCUGAAUUAGAGGCUGAAUUCGAUCCCAAUGACAAAGAACUGUGUGACGCAGCUGCGAAAAUUCAGGCCGCCUUCCGCGGCCAUAUGACACGCAAAGUUGUGACUAAAGACACGCCCGACGAUAUCGACAUACAGGAGAUCACCAAGAAGGUAGCCGAAGAGCUGGAUAUUGAUCUAAGCGAUCCGGAAUUGAAUAAGGCAGCCACCAAAAUUCAAGCCUCAUUCAGAGGCCACAAAAUUCGCAAGGAAAUAGGAACCGAAUAAGAGAAUCUUGUGCCCAUAUUUUCCUCAUUAAACAACCAAAAAACAAAACAAUGUUGCAACAGAAAAAUUAAUUAAAGAAAAGCAUAAAGCAGUAAUACUAAAAUAUGGAAAAGAAUAAUUGCUAAAAAUGUUAAGUAAAUACAAUUUGAAUCAAAUAAAAAAAAACCUAAAUUAAUUAAAGAAAGCAUAAAGACACAUAGAUAAUGAUAAACAAAAAUAUCAAGCCAUUUGUGAGGGCGGUUAUUUAGGAGAUUCAAAGCAUAUGCAACAGUGUUGCCAUACACCUACAAUUGCAUACACUGAGCGAAAAACACACAAGCUUUUCAACUGCUGAAGGACAAAGCAUAAAUAAAUAUAAAUUGUUGAGAAAAUUUUAAUAGCAAAUGAUAAAUGUUGAACAAAUAUUAACACAAAAUAAAAAUCAAACUAAGAAAACAAAACUAAUAUUGACACUUUAUAAGGGUUCAAACCAAUGUGCGCAGUGUUGCAUUUUUGCUAAAUUAAUUCAAUAUGAAAAAUAAAUAUCAAAAACAAAAUUGCAAAUACUUUGACCUUAAAACAUAUUUUUGGUCUCAGAAAUAUUUUUAGUCUCAGCAGAAGCAAUUUUGGUCUCAACAGAACCAUUUUUGGUCUCUGAAAUAUUUUUGGUCUCAGCAGCAAUAUUUUUGGCGCAUUUUUGUUUGGUCGCAUAUUUUUUUCACAGCACUGUUCCGCAGCAUAGGGGUUUCACAAUACAUUCUUUGAGCUUUAUGAUAAGUAACUGAUAUAAAUAUAUAUUUUUUAAUUUACAAAAAGUAGUAAUUAAAAUAAUAAGAUAUAUAUUAAAUAUUAUAGUCUAUGUAUUUUAGCUGGUUUGGCGAUUGUAAAGACUGCAGAAUCGCACCAGCAGACAACAAAAGCUUUGCCAAAUUAUGUAGUUGUUGACAUUAUGUAGAGCUCGCUAUAAGUUUUACUUACUAUUUUGCAGAUAAAAAAACACAAAGCUUUAAAAUUUGCAAAAAAAAUUUUGAGAGCAGAAAAAAACUUCGAAAUUUAUUUAAAACAAUUUUAAGAACAGAAAAAACUAAAAUUUCAAAUUAAAAAAAUUUAAAACAGAAUAAACCCGAAUUUCGAAAUUUUUCCAAAUUUUUUUGGAACCAAAAUUUCGAAAUUUAUUUCAAAAAAAUUUAAGGAAAGAAAACUCUAAAAUUUCGAUUUAAAAAAAACUAGAAUUUCGAAAUUUUUCCAAAUUUUCUUUUGAAACCAAAAUUUCGAAAUUUAUUUCAAAAAAUUUUUGGGAACAGAAAAAACUAAAAUUUCUAAUUAAAAAAUAUUUAAAACAGAACAAACCGGAUUUUCGAAAAUUUUCCAAACAUUUUUUGGAACCAAAAUUCCGAAAUUUAUUUCAAAAAAUUUUAAAACAGGAAAAACUAAAAUUUUGAAUUAAAAAAUAUUUAAAACAGAACAAACCGGAAUUUCGAAAUUUUUCCAAAAAUUUUUUGGAACCAAAAUUUCGAUAUUUAUUUCAAAAAAAAUUUUAAGAACAGAAUAGACUAAAAUUUCGAUUUUAAAAAAAUUUAAGACAGAACAAGACCGAGUUUGGAAAUUAAAAAAAAAAAUUUCAGAGCGAGUUGCUAACUAAAAUUUCGAAAUAUAUUUGAAAACAAUUUUGAAAACAGAAAAAAACCAAAAUUGCGAAGUAAAAAAAAUUAAAACAGAGCAAAACCAAAUUUCGAAAUUUUUCCAAAAAUAUUUUGGAACCAAAAUUUCGAAAUUUAUUUCAAAAAAAUUUUAAGAACAGAAAAAACUAAAAUUUCGAGUUAAAAAAAAUUUAAAACAGAACGAACCCGAAUUUCGAAAUUUUUCCAAAAUUUUUUUUGGAACCAACAUUUAUUUCAAAAUUUCAAACAAAAUUUAAGAACAGAAAAAACUAAAAUUUUGAAUUAAAAAAUAUUUAAAACAGAACAAACCGGAAUUUCGAAAUUUUUUUAAAUAUGUUUUGGAACCAAAAUUUCGAAAUUUAUUUCAAAUAAAUUUUAAGAACAGUUAAAACUAAAAUUUCAAAUUAAAAAAAGAUUUAAAACAGAACAAACCGGAAUUUCGAAAUUUUUCCCAAAUUUUUUUUAAACCAAAAUUUUGAAAUUUAUUUCAAAAUAAUUUUAAGAACAUAAAAACUAAAAUUUCGAAUAAAAAAAAUUUAAAACAGAAUAAACCUGAAUUUCGAAAAUUUUGUAAACAUUUAUUGGAACCAUAAUUUCGAAGUUUAUUUCAAAAAAAUUUUAAAAGCAGAAAAAACUAAAAUUUCGAAUUAAAAAAAAUUUAAAACAGAACAAAUCCGAAUUUCGAAAUUUUUUUAAACCAAAAUUUCGAAAUUUAUAUCAAACAAAUUUUAAGAACAUAAAAAACUAAAAUUUCGAGUAAAAAAAAAUUUAAAACAGAAUAAACCGGAAUUUCGAAAAUUUUGCAAAAGUUUUUUGGGACCAAAAUUUUUAAAUUAAAAAAAAAAAUUUUGGAACAGAAGAAAACAAAAUUUCGAACUAAAAAAAUUUAAAGCGUGUUGCUAACUAAAAUUUCGAAAUGUAUUUCAAAACAGUUUUGAGAGUUGAAAGAACCAAAAUUACGAAUUAAACAAGGCAAAACCAAAUUUUGAUUUUUUUUAAUUUUUGAGACUGUGUUGCUAAAAUAAACCAAAAUUUCGAAAUUAAAUUUUUUUUCAAAUUGCUCUCUUUAAGCUCGCUCUUUUCAAAUCUCUUAUUCGUUCAAUAUUAUUAAUAACAGUAAUUAAAAUGAAAAAUGCAAAAAAAUAUAUUUCGAACUGCUAACUGCGAGUAUUCAAACCUAAUUUCACACACACAAAUAUGUAAAGUACAUAAAACAACAACAAAUACCAAUGAGUAAUUAAUAUUCAUAAAGUAAGUAAACAAUGUUUAACAGCGUAACUACAACAACAACAAACAACUAUUGGAUUACAAAACAGAAACAGAAAGUACAUACGAACAGAAAAAAGCGGAGCGCAUGACCUUGUAUGUAUGUAAGCCAGAGAGGGAAAUAAAAUAAAUAAAAAAUUAAAUAAGAACUAUAAAAAAAUAUUUGAGCGAGAAAUUUAGCUGAAAACCAUGGCACGGCCCACAGACUAUUUCACAAAAAAAUUUUCAAGCAAAAAUUUCACAAAAAAGUUUUCGAACUAAAAAUUCACAAAAAAUUUAUAUUUAUUUACAUUUUAAUUGAUAGCUACCCACACUGUUACACACAUGCAUGCACUUCCGGUGCGGAUUUCGCUAAAAUUGUGAGUGGGUGGUUAACGGUAAACCCGAAGCGAAAACAGUUUUAUAUAAAUAUACGAUAUUUAUGUUUAUAUGCACAUAUGUAUGUGUGUAUGUUAUGUACGUAUGUAUAUCGUCACUUAAAAUGUAAAAUAACAUAACAUCACUUUUAAUAAGUUUGCAGGCGAAAGAAAAUGUUUUAAUAGAAAGUACUCAUAUUCAAACAAAAUUUGAGUAUUGGUUAUAAAAUGGUUAUAUAUUGGCUAGCAUACACUCAUAAAAUGGUUAUAUAUUGGUUACCAUCCACUCAUAAAAUGGUUAUCUAUUGGUUAUCAUUCACUCAUAAUGAAAAAAAAUUGAGUUUUGGUUAUAAAAUGGUUAAACAUUCAUGUUCAAACAAAAUUUAAGUUUUGGUUAUAUAACGAUUAUGUAUUGGUUAAUAUAACUGAUAGUGAUUUCGAUUCUUUUUUUUUGAUGACACGCUGUUUUUCAUUUGAAACAAAAUUUAAGUUUGGGUUAUAAAGUGGUUAUAUAUUGGUUAUCAUACACUCAUAAAUUAGUUACAUAUUGGUUAUAGUAUGUAUAUUGGUUAUCAUUUACUCAUAUUGAAACAAAAUGUGAGUUUUGGUUAUAAAGUGCCUAAACAUUCAUAUUUAAACAAAAUUUAAGUUUUGGUUAUAUAACGGUUAUGUAUUGGUUAUUAUAACUGUUAGUUAUUUUGAUUCUUUUUUUUUUUGAUGACACGCUGUUUUGCAUUUGAAACAAAAUUUCAGUUUUGGUUAUAAAUUGGUUACAAAUUGGUUAUUAUAACUGAUAGUGCUAUUCGAUUCUUUUUUUGUGAUGAUACGCUGUUUUGCAGUUUAGGUGACAAUAUGUAGAUAUAUGUAAAUACAUAUGUACAUAUGUAUGUAUACAUCUAAAUAUAACUAUGUAUUUGUAGUUGUUGUUUUUGCCAGCUAAAAAGCGUGAAACUAUGAUUGCCGCGCAAAUAAUCAGCGUAAAUGUUGCCGCAUCAAUUACCGUUAUGUCUAUUUGCAUUAGCACACCAAUUUGAGAGUUGCCUACAAAAACAACCACCCACACACAGACAUACACACACAUAUAUACACAACACACAUACACUUGCAAACCACAAAUACAGCUAACUAAUUCAUUAAACCGUUGGCGUGAGCGAUUAACAGCAUCUUAUUUACUUUACGCAAACUCAAUUUAUCAUUAUUUUAAUACAAAUGUAAUUAGCUCUAUUUCUAGCAAUUAAUUCUAUUCAAUAUUUUACACUAAUUAACUGAUUCAAACUGUUUAAUUAAGCACCGUUAUUCGGUGGAAAAAAUUUUUGAAAACUUGAAAUUCAAUGCCGCAAUGUAUUUUACUAUAAUAAUAAUAACAACAACAAUGUAAGAACAUAUUAAAAAAUAUUUAAAAAAAAUCUUCACAACAUCACCAAACAAUACAACAACAACAAGAACACAUUACGAAAAAAUUUCUACACGCUGCUGCUUCUUUGGCGGCGUCUCCACAGGGCCUCUCUUUACAAACUCCUAAACAGUAUUGCAAUUGUGAAAAAACAAAAAACAACAACAAAAACAAAUUUCAACAAAUUUGAACAAAAUUAAAAGGUAAAAUAACAAAAAACACAUAGCAAUUGAAAUUGUAAUGCCGCAAAUUGUGUGGAAACUAAAUUUGUGCAAAUAAAUAAAAUUGAAAUAAAAUUUUAACAGCAUUAAUUUAGUGAAAGUAAAGUAAUAAAAGACAAAAACUACAACAA